GGCCGGCGUGGUGACGUCACGGUGAGAGCUGGAGCCUCACCCAGGCUGGGUUUGGUGGCGCUGUGUGUCCCGGAGCAGAAGAGGAGGACAAGCGGGCGGCGGCGGGGAACCCAGGCAGUGCCGGGGCCCAUUCUGGAGAGGGAGGACAGCGGGGUGUUUUGAGUUGAAGCCUGCACCAUGCGUGAGUACAAGCUUGUCGUUUUGGGGUCAGGUGGUGUCGGGAAGUCUGCUCUGACUGUCCAAUUUGUCCAAGGAAUUUUUGUUGAAAAAUAUGACCCAACAAUAGAAGAUUCCUACAGGAAGCAAGUUGAAGUUGACGGUCAACAGUGUAUGCUUGAAAUCUUAGACACUGCAGGAACGGAGCAAUUCACAGCAAUGAGAGAUCUCUAUAUGAAAAAUGGACAAGGUUUUGCAUUGGUGUACUCUAUAACUGCACAGUCCACCUUUAAUGAUUUGCAAGACUUGAGAGAGCAGAUUCUUCGAGUCAAAGACACAGACGAUGUGCCAAUGAUCUUGGUGGGUAACAAGUGUGACUUGGAAGAUGAAAGAGUUGUGGGAAAGGAACAAGGGCAAAAUCUAGCAAGACAAUGGAACAAUUGUGCAUUCUUGGAGUCUUCUGCUAAAUCUAAGAUUAAUGUCAACGAGAUUUUUUACGACCUUGUGCGACAAAUUAACAGAAAAACUCCUGUACCAGGCAAGGCACGUAAAAAGUCAACGUGUCAGCUUCUUUAAUAAACAGAUGUGCUGUAGCUCUGAGCCAGGUCUGAAGAACUGUUGUGGAUCUCAACAGUGCCAGCAUUCCAACUCCUAUUAACCCUAUCAACUUAAAUGGACUUUCCUGUGGUGGUACCCUAUAUGAUACGGAUGAACAUUGCAAACGCGGUUUGCACACCAACAAAUUCCCUUCCAAGUUACGAGAAAGAUGCCUGCUUUGAAAUUCUUUUCACGUAUGCAACUGGGAACAGAGCCCACAUCCAGUAUUACUGCUAACAGAGACAUUGUUCACAGAGCAAUGUUUAUUACACGUUUACAUAGCGUGUACUGUAUUCUUUCACAAGCCCCUCCUUUCUAUUGGAGUGUACAAAUGAAAAGCACCACUAUUUUAGCUUAUUAAACAAGAAAGUCCAAAGAGCUCCUAUAUAGACUACUCCUGAUGACCUUGCAUCUUUGGUAUUUGUAGCUUCUUGUAAUUUUUUUCCCCCUCUUUAAAGACCUCCAAGAACAACUUUCAUCGUGUUGUAUGAACCGCUUUUCAUGAACAUAUUGUCUGUAGUUUUGUUCCUUUUUCCUGCGUUAAUUUUAGGAAAUCCUGUGGAGUUAGUGUUUCACCCCUUCUGGCACUGAAGGGGUCAUUACAAUAAUUUUUUUUCCAUGUAUGAAGUUCUUUUUCCAACGCAUUGCCUGUAAUUUCAAUUCAGCGGGACAUUCCUAAUUUUCAUCCCUUUAUUAACCAGGUUUCCUGUUUCGGCUCUCUACAUUUUGUUUACAAUGGGAAUUAUGUGUAUAGAUGUGUAUACAGUGGGGGUCUACAUCAAGGAGUGUAUAUUUAAAAAGAAAAAGGGUUUUUUUUUAAAAAUGAUUUAUGAAUGUUUUGUAAAUCAUGUGCAGGCUUCUGCAGCUGUAGAUUCUCACUGUGAACCCUUGCUUGCUCAUGUGUAUGUGUAUUUGCAAUACCAAAUAUCCAGGUUUAAUACUUCUUUUCUGUCAGUGGUUGUUUCACAUGUGUAUUGUUUUGGUUGAGAUGUUAAAUGGUGGAAGAGUUCAGUAGAUGUGAAUGUGGGAUGUAAUUUUAAAUCAUGUGUAAUUGGUCACCAGGCCUAAGUUGCAGUAAAUAACUUUAUGCUGAUUUAUUUAUCAAUGCCUUGUUGCUUUGUAUGCAUUAACCUUUUGGGUGUAAAAAUUGUGUAUAUAUCCACCAGGGAACCACAAUAUCUAAAUUGACCAACCUAAUGCUACAUCUGCUUUGAGGUGGCCAAAUGUAAACUUAAAAGCCUUAAAUAAAGUGGUGCAAUUUUGUAUUGCUUAGCAUCAGUUCAAUAAAUUUGGAUUGCCAUGCAAGGGCUCGUAUUACAAUUCUACGCCACUGCAAUGCUUUGCAAAAUAUUUUAAAAUAGCUCAUUCAUAAAUACUGUACCAGUGUCACUUAUUAAAGCGUUGUCACAUGCUCUCUGCACAAUACAUUUUCGGAACACUUCAGUGCCAGUAGGUCUUGCAACACAUUUCUCUAAAAUGUCUUUCAGGUCCCUCCAUUUGUCUGUUUAAUUUUUAAAAUCAACAAUUGUAGCAUAUUAUCAUGGAUUUUAAUUAUAGUUAUAAACACAUGAAAUGGGGCACUUUUUGUUACUGUUACACUUAAAUUUAAAAACUUACAUUUGUUAUCAAUUUAAUAGCGAGUUACAUUUUUUUUUUUGUUUUCACAAUGUACAUUAAAGGUCAAUUACUUUCCAAGUUUGCUUAUUUUAUCCUUGAAAUGAAAUAAACUGAAAUACACCUUAGUCUGAAGUUAAAAUUUGGUUUAAUCCUGGACAUUAUAGAAACAACUUAAACCUACAAGGAAUCAGAGUAGAAUUUUUAUGAAAUACAUAUUCAAGUGGAUAAUGAUAUAACAUUUUCAGUACUGAGAUACUAUGAAGCAAUUCCUGUCUACCUUUCCAUGGUUUCUUUGUUGUUUUACAUUCAACUUUCUAUUAAAGAUACAAUAGCAGGUAACGGUACAAGACAACAUGCAUAGUCUUGUUAAAAGGGUGUGAAACACAAUUUCUUUCGUUCAUGAUUCCUAUAGGGUAUGCAAUUUUAAAUAACUUUCCAAUUUAUUUCUAUUACCUAAUUUGUUUCGUUCUCUUUGUAUCCUUUAUUGAAAAGUAUAGCUAGGUAGGCUCAGAAGCUGCUGAUUGGUGGCUGCACAUAAAUGCCUCUCUUGUCAUUGUCUUUCAGCCUCCUCCCAGAAGUGCAUUACUGCUCCUUUAACAAAUACCAAAUUGGAUCAUAGAAAUAAAUUGGAAUCUGUUUAAAAUUGUUCUUUCAUGAUUUAGAUAGAUUAUACAAUCUUGAGUUUUAUGUCCCUUUAAUUAAGCAUACAUGUUCUUCUCUCAGUUCUUUUCCCCACAUACUAUAAUAUGCAGCUGUAAUUGUAUAUUAAUCAACAGUCCACUUUAAAGGGACAUUUGAUUAAUUUUUAUAUGUAAAAGAUUGCAAUAUACCUCCAUCAUAUAAUUUGAAACCUUUAAUGUAACUUUCAUGAAAAGUUUGUGUUUUUUAAAUUGUAAUAGAUGUUUAAAGGUUUAGUUUCCAUACUUCAUUUUAGCUUCUAUAAAGUUAAGGGCACCACCAUGUUGGUCGCUCUUAUCUAACUCUUCUGCUGUAAACAAUUAGAGACCGAUUUUAGAACCGUCAAUUACAGGGAAUGUACAAACAAGGCUGUCUGCAACCCUCUUAGAUUGGCACUUUAAAGGCACAGUAAAGUAAAGAUUGUAUUCUCUUAUCUAAUCAUAAAUUAAAAUUUUUUGUUUUCAUGCCUCUUUUCCAACCCUGUAUUCCAUACAACCUUCCUUGCACACACUCUCGUAUUGCUUUCUUAUUGGUCUUUAAAUUUCCUCAGCAGGACAAUUACAGGCUCUAAUUUGGUAGAUCAUGUCAUUUUAAGACUAGCCAAGGGAUUAAAAACACAGUACUGCUCGGGAUCCACAGAUCACUGCCGGUCCAGAGAGAAAAUUGCCACUGAUCCAAUCGGCAGCACAAGUUGCACAGCUCAGUGGUAUUUCUAUUUUAUGUUUAAUCCCUUUAACCACAUAACCUUAAUGGGUCACUAGUCUUAAAAUCACAUGCUUUAACACAUUAGAGCAUGUCAUUUUUUUCACUAUAAAUAGCCUUUUAAGAUGUAGCUAAAUGGAGAAUGCAACUGCAUCCACUGUAAGGUAAAAAGAAAAUUGAUGAAAACCGGAAUAAAAAAGUACACAGACUGUUUAACUUCCCUUAAAGGUAGUCAGCAUAAAUGUAACAAACUAAAGCAGCUAUACAGGAAUUAUUGUAUGAAUGUAAAUGGCAACUGCUUGAUCGUUAUGAGAACUAUUGCUACAUCAUAAUACAAUGUCUAGAGUUCCUGUUACAUACAGUCUUAUAUCACUGUUAAAUGCGGUGUUUCACUUGUUUUCUUUUUUUGGAAAGAUGUAUAACAAGGAGGGGAGAUAGGAAUGCAUUAGGUAAUAAAUAGGGUGGUAUACUGCAAAAAAGUAGCCUUUUCACCUGCUUGAGUACAGUGACCCAUUUAUUCUGAUUAGAUACAUUAAACUAAAAUAAAAAUGCAUAGAAUGGAGCAGUAACCUGACCUUACACUUUUUUGGGAAGAGAGUUUAGUCAGCUGUGUAAAUUGAUACUGUGUAUAACAUUAUUUCUCAGUCUUACAAGGACAACUGCCACAUGUCUACAGGUAGCCAGUGACAGACUCACAGGCUUUUAAACUUUUUUCUAAGGACAAACGUUUGUGUGUGUUUUUUGUUAAGGUGCAAAAAUGAAAACAUUGCUUAUAUCCCUUGAUUAUUUAUUUCACCAGACAUGUGUUCCCAUACAGAUAUAGAAAUAGCACUAAGACGCUCUGUUCUGCCUGAUAAAUUGGAUCAUAUGUUGCGGUUCAUUUAAUUUGCCACUUUGGUACAGUACUGUGUAAGUCUGGCAAAAUGUUGUUCUUUUUAUUCUCCCCUUUUUGUCUUUCUGAGCUGAAUUCUAAACUUUGCCUAUACAUAGACGCAAAUAACAAUACUGUUCUUCCUUGUACAUAUUAUGAAGGCUGUGCCAUGUUUAAUUCAAUCCUAUCAUCUUUAAGGCCACAAGAGAUAUCUCAAAUAGUGUCUUAAAAGCAAAGAUUCUGCUAUUGACCAAAAUAAACCAUUUGAUUUAA